CUGAAACGAAAUAGCGGUAGUUUCAAUUACGGGCUACUCUCAGCAUACAAGUUUCCUUCUGGUUAAACAUAAACUUUCCAAAGACUAAACGUUCAAAUACUUUUGAACUAUGAGUGCACAACUAUUAGAAACUCCUACAAAAUCACGUAAACCUAGAAAUUCUGCUUUUUUUCAACAAAAACUCCCAGCAUGGCAACCAAUGUUUACUGCUAAAAAAUCUGGAAUAGCAUUCACAGUUUUUGGAAUUGUACUGAUACCCAUUGGUAUUAUACUAUUAACGGCGUCAAAUAGUGUUGUAGAAUAUCUUGUGGACUAUACAGAUUGUACUCAGAAUGGUACUGAAGAGUUAUGUUCUCAAGUAAUUGCCUUGGGGAAACCAUGUGUUUGUGUUAAACAUAUUUCUAUUGAAUCAUCUAUUCCUGGACCUGUUUAUUUAUAUUAUGGUUUAAACAACUUUUAUCAAAAUCAUCGAAGAUAUGCACGAUCUAAAAGUGACGAACAGUUGCUUGGUAUUUAUCAAGACCCAAGUUCAUUAUCUUCGUGUAAUCCAUAUGCAUCAAUUGGGGGCAAACCAAUACUUCCAUGUGGUGCAAUCGCAAACAGUAUAUUUAAUGACACAUUUAUUCUGACAUAUAUACGCAAUGAUAAUACCAAAGUUACUGUCACAACUACAUCAAACGGUAUAGCAUGGCCUUCCGAUGUCAAUCGCAAAUUCGGGACCUUGAAUGCAAAUGCUCUCAAUAAUACAGUCAAGCCACCUAAUUGGCCUCAACCAAUUCAAGCAAGAUCUUCAAGUCCAUUUAAAACUGAUGAAGCUCUAAUAGUAUGGAUGAGAAUAGCUGCUUUGCCAAACUUUCGUAAAUUAAACGCUUAUGUAGUUCAUAAAGAUGAUUUUACAAAUGGUCUACCCUCAGGAACGUAUGAAAUUGUUAUUAACUACUUUUAUCCAGUUACUUCAUUCGGUGGUAGGAAAACAUUUAUAUUAGCCAAUGCUAAUUGGUUGGGUGGAAAAAACCCAACACUUGGAAUUCUUUGUUUAAUUACUGGUUCUAUACAUAUAUGCCUUGGUAUAGCAUUCCUUAUUGUACAUUUUUUGUAUGGUAAACGUAAGUAAAAUUGAAUGAGAUUAUGUUCGCUAUAUUACAUCAUUCUAUCGUGUUAUAUCAACAACAACAACAACCAUAACAACAACAGAAUCAUCACUUUCUAUAAUUGAAUAAAUCUUUUUCGGGGGAGGGGGUGGAGUGUGGUAGUAAACACUCUGGUUUCCAUCUUAUUUUCUUCUCAUCAUCAUUAUCAUUUAAAGUAAUAUGAUUCAUUACGUUCAAUCAUUUCUUAUUUAUCUAUUAUGCAUGUUACUAUGAUUUAUAAUUUUAAUAUCUUAGACAUCUUAAUGGGUACCAUUUGUUCAUCGUAUUCAGAUCUAUUUAGAUCUGUUAAGCCUUAAGAUUGUUGUUUAUCAUUCAGUAGUUAUAGUAUUGCUUACUUACUUAUUUACUUACUUACUUACUUACUUACUUACUUACUUACCUACUUACUUACUUACUUAAUUACUUACGAUCAGCAUUCUCCAACCCGCUCUGUCCUGGGGCUUCUUUCCUAGUUUCAUCCAUUUAUUGUUCAUUUUUCUGAUGUCUGUGUCGAUCUCUCGGCGCAAUGUGUUCUUUGGUCUUCGUCUUCUCUUUUGGCCUUAAGGAUUUCAAAAAAGCUCGUCAAAGUCCACCAGUCUUUUCAUGAUCUCACUUAUCAUUAUUACAUUAUAACAAUACAUUCUAUAAAAGGAAUAAAAAAGGGGUAAACCAUAUUAUUCAUUAUUAUUAUU